CCCGCAUUCCUCCGCGCGGGGGUGUCAGAUCGCGUCAUGCCGGUCAUGGCGACGGUGCGUUCAUGUCCAUGAGGCGGGAAGCGCGAGCUCCACACGCGGUUUGAAGUGAUCCCAGACAGCGAAAUCAACGAUGGCUGGCGUUUUCGACAUCGAUCUGGACCAGCCAGAGGAAAAUGUCUCCGAUGAUGAGCUGGAGGAGGCUCAGAUCAAUGACAUCAUGGAUCAGUGCAGUGGCUUUGAGUUUAACAUGGACGACUGUGAGAAGAUUGAGAUAUCAGAGGACAAUGUGAACCAAGGCACAGAGAACAUCCGUCCUGAGUGCUUUGAGCUUCUCCGUGUGUUGGGAAAAGGAGGUUAUGGAAAGGUUUUCCAGGUUCGAAAAGUAUCUGGUGCAGGAUUAGGAAAAAUAUUUGCAAUGAAAGUCUUAAAAAAGGCUAUGAUUGUACGCAACGCCAAGGACACAGCGCAUACUAAAGCAGAGAGGAACAUCUUAGAGGAAGUCAAGCAUCCUUUCAUCGUUGAUCUAAUCUAUGCCUUUCAGACGGGCGGCAAGCUUUACCUCAUCCUUGAAUACCUAAGUGGUGGGGAGCUUUUCAUGCAGCUUGAGCGAGAGGGGAUUUUCAUGGAGGACACGGCCUGCUUUUACUUGGCUGAAAUCUCUAUGGCUCUCGGACACCUGCAUCAGAAAGGCAUUAUCUACAGAGAUCUCAAACCUGAGAACAUCAUGCUCAAUAACCAAGGACAUGUAAAACUGACUGAUUUCGGGCUGUGUAAGGAGUCAAUUCAUGACGGCACAGUGACACAUACUUUCUGUGGCACUAUUGAAUACAUGGCUCCAGAGAUCCUCAUGAGAAGCGGACACAAUCGGGCUGUUGACUGGUGGAGUCUGGGGGCUUUGAUGUAUGACAUGUUAACUGGAGCACCCCCAUUUACAGGAGAGAACCGGAAAAAAACCAUUGACAAAAUUCUUAAAUGCAAACUGAACCUCCCACCCUACCUCACACAAGAAGCCAGGGACCUUCUCAAAAGGCUACUGAAAAGAAGUGCCUCAUCUCGGCUUGGGGCUGGACCUGGAGAUGCUACAGAAGUACAGACUCAUCCCUUCUUCCGACACGUUAAUUGGGAUGACCUUCUCGCGCGUAAAGUAGAACCACCAUUCAAGCCUUUCUUGCAAUCUGCUGACGAUGUGAGCCAGUUUGAUUCAAAGUUCACCAGCCAGACUCCCGUUGACAGUCCUGAUGACUCCACACUGAGCGAAAGUGCAAAUCAGGUCUUUUUGGGUUUUACCUAUGUAGCUCCAUCUGUGUUGGAAAAUAUAAAGGAAAAGUUCUCAUUUGAGCCAAAAAUUCGUUCACCUCGCCGGUUUUUGGGAAGCCCUCGCACGCCUGUCAGCCCGAUUAAGUUCUCAGGAGAUUGUUGGCCACGAGGUCCCAUUUUGACCGGAUCCUCCACCCUCCAGUCCCCCACAGAACUCGCUAUGGAAGUGUCCACCAUGGAUCAGAUGGAGGUCCAGGCUAGUUCCGAGGCCACCGCCCCACUUCCCAUCCGGCAACCCACUGGCUCCAACGUGGGCCAGUUUAAGCAGCAGGCCUACCCCGUGAUCUCCAAAAGGCCAGAGCAUCUACGUAUGAACCUAUGACCAUUAGUCCAACUUAGAGUUUUCCUUUGCUUUCUCUAUUUCUUUUAUAUGGACACUUGGGGAGAAGAAAGGUUCCCACCGUCACUACCAUCUGCUAUAUACUGUCCUUCACAUCUGAUGAGCAUGUGUCUUUCACUGAGUUUGAGAAACUGCUGCAGUUCCUCGCAUCCCAAAACCUCAGAGCACAUUCUUAGAUGAUUCCUGUCAUUACAUAUCAAAUGGACUAUCAGGAUCGGGCCUUUUUUUGGAUUAUCAGCUUUUUUUACAUGAUUUUACCAUAAAAGGAACAUCAAACAAACAAAAAAAGAUUAAAAAAAAAAAAGACACCAUUUGCAAAUGUGCAGAUGAGUUGAUGAUCCCUGCAAGAUGAUCAAGUGAUGUUGAGGAAUUUCUUCCAGUGGGAUGCUUUGAGUUUUUACAGUAUUUCCGAGGAAAGCUGAAUCGCUUUCCAGCUGUUAAACAAUUGUACAAAUCAUUGUGGAUUGCAGAAUGAGAUGCGUUUGUGGGAGUUUCGCUCAACGGAGGUUCGAACCCUGACUUAAGUCUUAUACAGUUUUAAAUGAGUGUAUCCCACAGUGCUGUAUAGAUGAUGGAUAAAUACACGAGCCUCAAUAAAAACAAAUAUGUUGACUUUUGAAACUUUA